UUUGCAGGCUCUAAAUCUACAUCACAGUUCAAAUGGACUUUACGGAAAAUGAAGAGGAGUACGAGCAUUGGACACAUAUUGAACGACGAGUCCCGUUUCAAGGAUACCGAACGUAUGUGGCUUCCACCUACAUUAGUUUCAACGUCGUUGGCUUUGUGAUCAAUGCCUGGGUACUUUAUGUGGUGGCUCCAUUGUUAUUUGCACCAGCUAUCAAAGUUCCAAAAAGCAUACUUUUCUACAUAUUUGCGUUAUGUGUUGGAGACUUAAUGACCAUGAUAGCUAUGUUACUUCUAGUCAUUGAACUAGUUUUUGGCACGUGGCAGUUUUCAUCAAUGGUUUGCACUAGCUAUCUAAUUUUUGAUUCUAUGAAUAAAUUUAUGGCUCCAAUGAUAGUUUUUUUGAUUAGUAGAACUUGCUAUUCAACUGUCUGUCUUGAUAAAACAAGAGGAGAAAAAGCAGCAACACUGAAGUAUGCAAUAAUUCAAUUCUGCAUUGCCUUUGCAUUUGUCAUGAUCCUCCUUUGGCCAGUGUUUGCCUAUUCCCAAGUUUUUACAUUCUACAUGAAUCCAAACUCAACUGCCCAGGAAGUAACAGUUAUGAGGAAAUGUGGUUUCUUCCCGCCACCACAAAUUGAGUUUUGGUUCAACUUGAUCGCUUGCAUCACUUCCUAUGCAGUCCCUCUUUUCGGAAUUAUUUACUGGUAUGUCUCGGUACCCUUUUUCCUGAAACGGCGGGCGCUGACGACACUGGUCGCCUCAAGUUCAAUGGAUGCAGCUCUUCGAAAAGUGAUCACAACUGUUCUCCUUCUCACAGUCAUUUAUGUUCUCUGUUGGACACCUUACUGGGUCAGUAUGUUUGCUAAUCGCAUCUGGAUUAUGGAGAAAAAGAGCAUCAUCAUCAUUUCCUAUUUCAUCCAUCUUCUUCCAUACAUCAGUUGUGUCGCUUAUCCAUUGAUCUUUACAUUGCUCAAUCGAGGGAUUCGAUCGGCUCACGCGAAGAUUGUAGCUGAUCAGAGAAGACGCUUCAGAAGUCUUACUGAUGAAGCAAGCUCGCAAAUUCGGACGGCAAUAAGAACCAUCCCUGGCACGAAAAUGAAGAAAAACGAAUUUUUAACUCGUACAGAAGAGAUAUCUUCCGACAAGAUUGCUUCAGAGGCCGUAUCAGAGUUCCGAGAAGGCCUACCAUCUCAAACAUCGUUUCCCGAUGAGACACUUUUAUGAGAAAACCUUGAAUAAUGCCGCCUACGUGUAUUAAUCUUUACGGGUAUAAUAUUAUUGCUUACGAAUGAAUUUUUGUUAUUGCUUUGUAA